AUGUUUAAAAGAAUAUUGAAACUUGACAAGUCAUAUCAUUUCCAAACAGAAAAUCCGAUAGAUAUAUUCUCUGAACGAGAAAGAUGCAUAGAUCGUCGUCCAGCUUGGAUAAAAGCAAUAUGCGCAUUUCUUAUGAUAGCAAGCCAUUAUGGUAUACUUAAUGUUGGUGCUCUAUUCUACCCUGGACUAGAAGAAGCAUUAGAAGUUUCAAUUAGUUAUUUAUUUUGGCUUAUGACUGGACAAUUUGCAAUAACAUGUUGUUUAGCACCAUUAUAUAAUCGUUUAUUGGAUGUAUAUUGCUAUGAUUGCUUCAGUAUUCUUAAUAGUUAUUGGGGAUUUUUUAUAACGUAUACUUUAAUUGGAGGCGUCGGAAUGGGUAUCAGUAUUGUUCGUAUUAUAGCUAUCAUGGCAGGAUACUUUGAUCGGUAUAGAAUAUUGGCUUUGGCUAUUUGUAGUAGCGGUGGCGGUUUCGGGACAUUAUUCUAUACUCUACUAUGCAAUUAUAUGAUUGAAAAUUAUACCUGGCGUAUGGCCUUAAUUUCAUUAGCUUUAUUCCAUCUUAAUGUUAUUCCUUUAAGUUUAUUACACAAACCAUUACCUCUUGAACCAAUUCAAGAACCCGUUAUCUUACUACCUAACGAUCCAGUAGCGUCUACAAUUUGUUUAAAAUCUGUUACAGGCCCACCAAAUACAUAUGAAUCAUUUAUAAGUACAACUGGUGGCAGUAUACUAACCAGUAUUGAUAAUACUGUACAAAAAAAUACAUCAGAGGCAAUACAUUCACGGAUAACCGGACAAAAUAUAAUUGGUGUUGUGGAGUUUGUCAAAAUUACUUAUGACAAAACUAAUUCAAAUCAGAUUACGGUUAGUCCAAUCAAUUUUAUCAACGACCCAGAACCACAUUUAUUAGAACGAAUUCAGACAAUAGUUGAUGAUUAUUUUGACAACGCGGAGAAUAUUAAGCCAGAAGUAAUGCCACAUCCCAGUCUCACUCUGUUUCUUCCAAUCAUAUUUUUAGUAUGUGAUCAGCUGAGCGACUUUAAAACUAAUCUACCAGAGUCACAAUUCCUAGUUGAUAGUCGUUUAAGUGGAAUCGAUAAAUUAUUCACUGAUCAUGUUACUCACACGGGAUCAACUGCAUUUAUCAAUUCUCAAGCAAGUGUGGAACAAACACCUAAUGUAAAUAAAUCUACAGCUACAAUAACUAUGGCUCAGACAAAGACGAAAACAUCAUUUUUGGUGAUUCAUUUACUUCGAGCUGCAGUUAUUAAACGUGCUCUUGUCAAAGUAGAGGAAAUUUCAAAAGAGUUAACUUCAAAAAGUCUGUUGGUUCAUCCAAAACCACUUACUGUGAUUGUAGAGGAAAAAUGUAUUGAUUCGAUGAAUCCGAAUUUCUUAUCGGAUUAUCGUUCUUAUGCUUUAAAGAAUAUCAAGCCGACUGAAGAUACAAUUUUUGAAGAAAAUGAAAUCGAUUAUCAAACUGAUGAAGAUGGGAACUCUGAUAAUACGCCAUCUACCAAAGAAUCUACAUACAAUACUUCACAAAAUAAAAUAACUUCAUCUGAGCACCAUUUUGCGAAUUCACACUUAAACUUGGAUCAUCCAAAACUUUCAUAUGAGUCUCGAGGAUAUAUUGAUCAAAUGAUACGAAGUGGAACUACCAUUUACCAAAGUCAAGCUGUCAUGGUACCAUUAUACAAGUGUAAAGAUUUGCCUGGCAGAACUAGACUUUUAUCGUUAACUUCAGUGGACGAGCCUAAAGAAGCUGUUGACUUAAUGAUUUCUAAGAUAAAGGAUGAGAAAGUUGGAGAUUCAUUUGGUUAUGAGAUAAAGAAAAGGAGAAUGUCGUUCAUUAGCUUGAAAAAUAUUCUUUUUCUUAGCUUCCUCAUCAAUCGUUCUUUUAGUUAUAUGGCUGAUUCCAUACUAUAUGGUCAUUUCAUUAAUUUUGGUAUAAGCAGUGGAUUGAAGGAGGAAAAAGCCAAUGGUUUACUUGCUUACGUCGGAUUAUCAAAUAUGUUAAGCAGAAUAGCAAUUGGACUUAUUGGACAUUUUUCGAGAAAAUUAGAUAUUCGUUUUCUUUCAGCCGCUUGUUUAUUUAUUAUAUCAAUACACACCAUGAUUAUGCCAUUCUAUCCAACAUAUUCAUCUUUAAUUGCCUACGGCAUAUCUUAUAGUAUUUUUGUAGGACCAAGUUUUGCAUUUUCACAUGCAAUGGUUAUUGAUAUUAUGGGUGACAAAAAGGUAGAUAGAAGUUUAUCUAUGGUUCUUUUUUCUGAAGCAACUGGUUAUUUAAUUGGUGGACCACUAGGAGGUAUAAUCAAAGAUCAAACUGAAAACUAUGCAUAUACAUUUCUAUUCUCUGGAUUAUGUAAUAUUAUUUCAGCUACGAUUAUAACUGUUCAUGCAAUAAUCAAAUUUAAUUUAUUCAAAAGAUUGAAACAAUGUUGUUGCAAGCGUAAUGAUUGA